AAGGAUUUGCGUCGCCGGUACCAAAGCCAAUCCAUGCGCUCGCUGGGACUGAAAGGGGAACGAGCGCGAAUGACACAAAUGGACCCUGAUAAAAAGGGGCGCGUGCUUGGAUCGUCACAGAAGAAGGAACAGAGACAGAACUGCACUCGCGCGUGGAUUGUGGAGGAACACACACCACCGGCUGACAGUCUGCUGACGUCAAUUCCCACUCAUCCCCCCGCUGUUGGCUCAAGGAGAAGAGCUUAAUCUGCGGACUGGUGAGGCUGCUCAGAGCACGAGAAGCAGGAGAAGGCUGCGAUUUCAGAGAGCGGAUCAGAGCUAGAGAGAGGGAGAGAGGGAGAGUGUGUCUUGCUGAACAUCCCUCAGGAUGAAGAAAAGCAGCAGCGCUCAGGGGGUUACACCAGGCGAUGAGCACAAGGAGCCUCCUGUAGGACAGUUCUGCUCGGGCAGCACCCUCGGGGUCGAGUUAUUCAAAGUUCACCGGCGGUUCUCCGGCAACCUGCAGCUGCCUCCGUUGUCAUGGCGACAGGCAGAAAAGGAGAGUUACAGGGGCAGGUCGCUAACACCUGAGGAGGACCCAGUGACCCGGACUAGACCCACCAGUCUGCCCAUUGUGUCCCUGCCACGCAUUGACAUCACACAGGCCGACCCCAACAGCUUUGAGGUGGAAAAUGGUCCGUCGUUGUGCUGCAGUCCGUCAGACCCGCAGGCAUCCCCUGGUUCAGGCCUCGUUCUUCAUCCCAACCUGGCAGGUCACGGCCAGCGGAGGGAGUCGUUCCUGUACCGCUCUGACAGCGACUACGACCUGUCACCAAAGUCCUUGUCUCGAAACUCCUCCAUUGUUGGAGAACUGCAUGGAGAAGACCUGAUUGUGACCCCGUAUGCUCAGGUCCUGGCAAGCCUGCGGACUGUCAGGAACAACUUCACCACCUUGACAAAUGUUCAGUGUGUAUCCAACAAAAGGUCACCUGCUGCAAAUCAGCCCACUGUCACCAAGGUCUGCCUGUCAGAUGAGUCCUACCAGAAGCUGGCGAUGGAAACCAUGGAGGAGCUGGACUGGUGUCUGGACCAGUUGGAAACCAUCCAGACCUACCGCUCAGUCAGUGAUAUGGCCUCCAACAAGUUCAAGAGGAUGUUAAACCGGGAGCUGAGCCACCUGUCUGAGAUGAGUCGGUCGGGCAACCAAGUGUCAGAAUACAUCUCCAACACCUUCCUAGACAAGCAGAAUGAGUUGGAGCUCCCGUGUCCGGUCCCUAAAUCAAGGGAAAGGAAGAGGAGGCAGGGCCAGCAGCAGCAGCACCACCACCAACAGCAGCAGCAGCAGGGUGGGAUGAUGACUCAGAUCAGCGGGGUGAGGAAGGUCAGCCACACGCCUAGCAUCUCUGGAGGAACCGGCAACCGCUUUGGGGUCAAGACGGACCAGGAGGAGCUGCUGUCGAAGGACCUGGAGGACAUCAACAAAUGGGGACUUAAUAUCUUCAGAGUGGCCGAGCACUCCCAUAACCGACCACUCACAUGCAUCAUGUACACCAUCUUCCAGGAGCGAGACCUGAUGAGGACAUUCAAGAUUCCAACAGACACCUUUGUGACGUUCAUGCUGACCCUGGAGGGACACUAUCACUCAGACGUGGCGUACCACAACAGCUUGCACGCCGCCGAUGUAACACAGUCCACACACAUCCUCCUGUCCACGCCUGCACUGGAUGAGGUCUUCACCGAUCUGGAGAUCCUGGCAGCCAUUUUCGCUGCAGCCAUUCAUGACGUGGACCACCCAGGAGUGUCCAACCAGUUCCUCAUCAACACCAACUCUGAACUGGCUCUGAUGUACAACGAUGAGUCAGUGCUGGAGAACCACCACCUGGCUGUGGGCUUCAAGCUGCUGCAGGAAGACAACUGCGACAUCUUCCAAAACCUCAGCAAGAAGCAGAGGCAGUCGCUGCGCAGGAUGGUCAUAGACAUGGUUUUGGCGACAGACAUGUCCAAACACAUGAGCCUGCUGGCCGAUCUGAAGACGAUGGUAGAAACCAAAAAAGUGACGAGCUCUGGAGUACUACUGCUGGACAACUACACAGACAGGAUGCAGGUUUUGCGUAACAUGGUUCACUGUGCGGACCUGAGCAACCCCACCAAACCUCUGGACCUGUACAGACAGUGGACAGACAGGAUCAUGGACGAGUUCUUCCACCAGGGAGACCGAGAGAGGGAGAGGGGAAUGGAAAUCAGCCCCAUGUGUGACAAACACACAGCGUCAGUGGAGAGGACACAGGUUGGCUUCAUUGAUUACAUCGUCCACCCUCUGUGGGAGACGUGGGCUGACCUGGUCCACCCUGACGCCCAGGACAUCCUGGACACACUGGAAGACAACAGGAACUGGUACCAGAGCAUGAUCCCACAGAGCCCCUCCCCUCCUUUCUACAGCAGUGACGGGGAGGGCGGCCCGCUUGGGGAGCUAGAGGGAGGACCUGCGCCAAGUAAAUUUCAGUUUGAACUGACGCUGGACGAUCAGGGCGGUGACAGAGACGAAGAGGUUGGGAUGAUGGAGACAAAUCUUGCAUUUCAAGACGAUCCCUCAGAAGAAGGCGGGGUUGAAAUAACAACACGUGACGACUCGCCUGAAGAAACAUAGCUGGACAGACGGCGCUUUUAGAGUGCUGCUGGUUUUUGCUGUUUUUGGCUGAAUGCAUUUUAUUGCAGUGGAGAAAUCCUGCAAUCUGGCUCUGUUGAGCUGCCUGGCAAAGAGGGCCUAACUGAAUGUGGGGCACCCCUGCAAACAAGGCUAGGUAACCCUGUGGCAGUUUGUUUUAAGCCCCCUUGAAGGGAGCUUGAGGAGCAGAAGGUCUGCUCUUUAAGAAGGGACUGCUGUUGGGCUGUAAGGCUGAAUCUUUGCUCUCACAAAGAAGGUGGAAUGGACGGUUUGUGUCUUGAGUACUGGGACUAACAACUUCCAAACUUGCACUUCAGGAUGUUUUUUAUGUUCAUUCUUCAUAUCGUGUCGGGAUCGGAUGCCACCUGUUAAAGCGUCCAACCAAAACUACUUGUAGAGUUAUGUGUAGCCAAGUAGUUUUUUUUUAUCACUUGUCUAAGGAAAAAAGUUGUGUGCCUUUUUUUUUUAACGACCGUGUCUUUUUGUAAGUGUUUUUAUAAUUUAUUGAACACAUUCAUGUAGCUGUAAAAUGUGUCAAAUUUUCUACAAAGCAGACACACUUGUCUCACACAGUCUUCCUGAUGUUCCUGCAAUAUAAUAAGCUUGUUCUUGAACAAAAAAAUGUCCGGUGGAUGUAUAUUUUUAAAAAUCAGUUGACUUCCCAGCACAUUUUGCACUUUGUGGCAGCAGAGAGUGUGGAGAACUUCAAUAACUCACAGUGACGUAAACGUGCGAAACCAAAAUGACAAUUAGAUCUGAUUCAUUUAGCUGUUUUCUAAUAAUCCAUCCCAUAAGCAUCAGAUUCCUCGUAAAUCGUCCAAAAAUGUCCAACAACUUAAUAACAAAAAAAUCCAAAGAUUGUUCAAAGAUUUCACUGCCACCUCUGAAAAGUUUGGACCCAUGCCUAAGAGCAACUCAUGGUACAACCAAAACCUAAAACUGAUCAGUUCUUGUAGCUAGAUGAAUAAUUAAUAACAAAACAAUAUUUUGUGUCACAAUAAAUGAACAAACCCCUCUGUUUAAUUUUGUACAAAGCUAUAGUACCAUCAUAGGUAAUCUGCUUCCGUUGUGUAACUCUUCAGUAACUCUCACAAACACCCCGUCCCGUUUGAAAUCAUUCAUUGUCGUGCAAACACCGUGACUCAUUUUGACCUUUUGAAUGACUGUAAGACUGUGUGCUCAUUUGAAGAAGACACACCUGUUAGGGAUAAAAUAAUCGUGUCCUGUAGUUUUUAUUCCAGCACUUUGAAAAAGUCGACAGUUCAGCAGCUGGUUGCUGAUCUGUCCAACACUACCUUAAAGGUACCACGUGUGAGGUGCAACCUUCAGAGUAGAAGACUAUCAUGUCAUUACAUGAUAUGUGUGAGUGUGUGUGUGCAUGAGAGAGUGUGUGUAAGUGGUCACAGAGUUGCACAGUCUGGCUGACCCUUCAGCUGUUUGUAACAGUCUAUUUAUUAUCUCAUUCUUGUAUAUGAUAAUAUUGGUAUUGAUUGUUAAUAUUUCCUGUAUAUUUGUCAUUAUUUAUAUGCACUACCACAUGCUACAGUCUGACUGAACUUGUCCGGUGGUUCUGAUUUAUUGUAAUCAACAAGCUACUUUGCUACAAGACCAUAACGAGAAGUUAUGCAGUUAAAUUUUGACGAUUUGAAAUGUAACGUUCGAAAUGUUUGUACAGUCCAAUGAUCCAACAACGCACCCCACGUGGGGUGCAGAAGAAGUCUGGCUUUUGUUUGUGUCUUUGGUUCCAGGCGGAUUAUGAAGACUGAAUAUGUGCUGCAGUAGAUCGUGUACGGUGACGGGUCAUUGUACAGCUAAAGGAAUAUUUGCUGAAAUAUAUAACAUGUUUCAAAUAUAUUUUUUCAGUGUUUCUUCACAAUAUAUUGUAAAACGGUGUAUGUUGUGCUCAACAAAUGUUUUCUAUCAGAUAAUUAAAAUGGGCAUGUAUUACAG